UGAGCGUGGGAUUCCGCGCGUGCGCUCGGCUCCGCCUGGUGAAGCUGUGGCCGGGAGGCGACAGGAGUAUGUCGGCCCCGUUUGAGGAGCGGAGUGGGGUGGUUCCGUGCGGGACCCCGUGGGGCCAGUGGUACCAGACCCUGGAGGAGGUGUUUAUUGAAGUUCAGGUGCCGCCAGGCACGCGCGCCCAGGAUAUCCAGUGCGGCCUGCAAAGCCGGCAUGUGGCGCUGGCGGUGGGCGGCCGCGAGAUCCUCAAGGGCAAACUCUUUGAUUCUACAAUAGCUGAUGAGGGAACAUGGACUCUGGAGGAUAGAAAAAUGGUUCGUAUUGUUCUUACCAAGACAAAGAGAGAUGCAGCAAAUUGUUGGACUUCUCUACUAGAGUCUGAAUAUGCAGCUGAUCCUUGGGUACAAGACCAAAUGCAGAGAAAGCUUACAUUGGAGAGAUUCCAAAAAGAAAAUCCUGGUUUUGACUUCAGUGGAGCAGAAAUCUCAGGAAACUACACUAAAGGUGGACCAGAUUUCUCAAACCUUGAGAAAUAACUGCUUUUUCUCCUGCGUUCUGUGGAUCCUAGCAGAUAUUGCCAACUUAAUCAGAAGAACAGAUUAUGUGAUGGAAGAAAAAUGGGGAUGCCUACAGUUAACAAAUUACAAAAUAUAUUUUAAAAUGGUUCUAAAAAUUGCAUUGAAACAUGAUUUAUGUAGGAAACAUACUAUGGGAACUAUUCUUUGGAUAUAUGGUAAAGUUUUUUUGGACUUCUUUUUGCUCAGCAUGAAGUUUUAUAUACUGCAUUUUACUAAUUCCAUAUUUAACCAUAUUUUUAAUACAAAAGAACAUUGGAAUAUAGAUCAUGUGAAAUGAAGGGUGCCUUCAGGGAAAAUUAAGUUUUUCUUUUGAUGAAUACAAUAUUCAAUAAAGUUUUCUAAAUAGGAAUUGUGUGUCCCUUUGCCUAAGUACAACAGUUCACACAAAAAAAGUAUAGUGCUAAAAACAAUUCUAAGAAAGGAAAAAGUACUUAAAUGUAUUUUAAGUAAAUUAAGAGCGAAUGAAAAUUUCUUAAUUAGAAUAUUAUUAUUUGAGGAAUUACUUUAUGUCAAGAAGUUUAAAAAUAGUUAAAAGCCUAACAAUAGAAGUGGAUUGAUACAGAAGAGAAGUACCUAAGUGAACGUGGUAAUUAGGUGAGUCCUUUGUUUGGAGCAGAAAGUGAAGUAAGGUCAGUAAUUGUGUAUCAGUGGCAUCGUUUUGAUCUUAAGUGAUUUAGGCAUAUAGGUAGGAAUUGUCUAUAGACAUUUUAUUCAAUAUCCUAUUUAUGUCCUUUUUACUUAUUUCUUGUCCUUUUUAAUUCUUGAAAAAAUUUCAAAUCUCGUUCAUAGAAAAGUUACGAUUUCUUUCUGAACCAUUUGUGAAUUAGUUGAAGACAUGUUGCCUCAUUACUGAUUACUAUUUGCUUUAGAUUACCUUACAUGACUACAAUGCAGCCAUUAAAAUCAGAAAAUUUACCUUGACACGUUACUACCCUCUAAUCCUCAGACCUUCACUUAAUUCACAUUGAACUGAUUGUCCCAGUAAUGUCCAUAUAGCAAGAGGAUCCAGUCAGAAUCAUGCCUUCUAUUUAGAUAUUAGCUAUCUUUAGCCUACUUCAUUCUGGAACAAGUUCUCAUUUUUUCCUUAAGUUUCACAACUUGGUACUUUUGAAGAUUACAGGCUAGGUUUGUAGAACAUCCCUUAUUUUGGAUUUCGUUUGAUACUUCAUGAUAAAAUUCAGGUUAUUCAUCUUUGGCAGAAAUGUGAUAGGAGUGCAUCCUGUCAUAGUUUAAUAAUUUCAAUUUGUCUCAUUUCUGACGGUUUUUCUUAGAUGACUGAUUAAGGUAGUAUCUGCCAGACUUCUCCACUGUAGUUAUUUUUAUAAUUAUUUUUUUGAGAAGAUAGUUGCAAAAUACUACCUUGUUAUCAGACUUUAAAUUUAUUAUAUCUCUAUAUAUAGACAUGAUUUUCUAUUCAUUGGGUUAAAAACCUAUUUUCAGUACUUUGAUGCUCAGAAUUAUUGUACAUUUGGCUGGUAUAAGACCAUUCUGGGUGGCCUCUGUGUCCUUCUGACAUGUUCCCAUCAUUAUUCAAUCAAUUGUUUGUCACUGUCUGGCUUAAGGUAUACCAGGCUUCUCAUGCUUUCUUUGACUAGCCCAAUAAUCAGCCAUUUUUCCAUAGAGCCUGGGUUCUCUUUAGUGGGUAAUAUUUAAAAGCCAAGAUCUGUGCUAAUGUGCAAUUGCUGUUGGUGUGUAUAUAUAAUGCAUGUCUUUACAUCUGUAUUUUUGUAUCUAUGUAUAUUGAAAACCAUGAGUUCACAUGUAAAUUA